AUGGCCAGACCACAGAACCCGCGUUCCCUGUCAACGCGCCUCACCCACCUCCUAAAACACUGGCCUGCAGAUCCUGUCCGGCCAGCCUCUGUUUCAAUACAGACCUACCUUCAACAUGCCCUAGGCCAAAAACCCAAUGUGCCAACCAAGAAGAACCAGCCGCCCCCCGGACAACCUGUGAUCUCCGAAUCUUCCGCAGAAGCCCUCGAAGCCUUAUUGGAAAAUCGCUUUGCCCGCCGGUAUCCCCUCCCGAAGAAGAUCCGAUAUCCAGCGAGUGACCCUGAUCACUAUGAUAAUCUCAUCCGAGAAUUUGAAGAGGCACCGAAUCGAGAUUGGUUUGGGCGCUUAAGGAAGCGUUUGAGUGGAAUGGUUCGUCUGUGA